CUAAAUGGCUCCAGGACAGGACCUCGUGGUUGCUCUUGUAGACAUGGACUGUUUUUUCGUACAAGUGGAACAGCGGCAAAAUCCUCAUUUAAGGAAUAAACCUUGUGCAGUUGUACAGUACAAAUCAUGGAAAGGUGGUGGAAUUAUUGCAGUGAGCUAUGAGGCGCGUGCAUUUGGCGUGACUAGAAACAUGUGGGCUGAUGAUGCUAAGAAGUUAUGUCCAGAUCUUCUGCUGGCACAAGUUCGUGAGUCCCGUGGGAAAGCUAACCUCACCAAAGGAUAUUCGAAAACAAGGCUUACUUCAAUGGCUUGGUUCUCUUGAGAAAGAUGAUCCCACCUCUCCAGACCUACGGCUGACGGUGGGUGCGGUGAUUGUGGAAGAAAUGAGAGCAGCCAUAGAGAGGAAGACUGGCUUUCAGUGCUCAGCCGGGAUUUCACACAAUAAGGUCCUGGCAAAACUUGCUUGUGGACUAAACAAGCCCAACCGCCAAACCCUGGUCUCACAUGGGUCAGUGCCACAGCUCUUCAGCCAGAUGCCAAUCCGUAAAAUCCGAAGUCUUGGAGGAAAGCUUGGGGCUUCUGUCAUUGACGUCCUUGGGGUAGAAUACAUGGGUGACCUGACCCAGUUCACUGAAGCCCAGCUCCAGAGUCAUUUUGGAGAGAAGAAUGGGUCUUGGCUGUAUGCCAUGUGCCGAGGCAUUGAACACGAGCCAGUUAAACCCAGGCAGUUACCUAAAACUAUUGGCUGUAGCAAGAACUUCCCAGGGAAAACAGCUCUGGCUACUCGGGAACAGGUACAGUGGUGGCUUCUGCAGUUAGCCCUGGAACUUGAGGAGAGACUAACCAAAGACCGGACUGACAAUGGCAGGGUGGCCACUCAGUUGGUCGUCAGUAUUCGUGUUGAAGGAGACAAGCGUCUCAGCAGCCUGCGUCGGUGCUGUGCCCUCACUCGCUAUGACGCUCACAAGAUGAGCCAGGACGCAUUUGCUACUAUCAGGAACUGUAACACAUCUGGAGUCCAGACUGAGUGGUCCCCUCCUCUCACAAUGCUCUUCCUCUGUGCUACCAAGUUCUCUGCUUCCGCCCCUCCAGCCUGCACGGAUAUCACUGUAUUCCUGAGCAGUGACUCCGGUUGUCAGCCAAAGGUGCCAGCUGCCAGCUCGGGGACCAGGACUCAGGAACCUGGCCCGGCUGCACCCACCUCUAAAGAGGCAGCCACAUCCCUAGAGUCUUUUUUUCAAAAGGCUGCCAAGAGGCAGAGAAUGAGAGAGACUUCCUUUGUACCUCCUAAGGUGGCCGUGGAGAAGUCAUCAUCCAAGCCUUCCCUUCUGUUCCAAACCAGCGGAAGCCCAGGAACUAAGUCUUUCUUCAAGCAGAAGAGUCUGCUGCUACAGCACACAGAGCUGAGCAAUGCUGCAGCUCCAUGCCCUCCACAGGCCAGCUCUGCAGUGCAACCAAGCCGUCUCCCCACAGACCGUGCAGACAGCCGUGCUUCUUGUGAAGAAGUGUGCAAGCCGGUAUCCUCUAAAGCAGUUUCUACAGAAGUGAAUGUGGCUGGGAACAGUUCUUUAGCUUACAACUCGCAGGAGAUGACCCAAAGGGCAGCUGAGGACCAAGUGCUGUGUGAGAAGUGUGACUCCCUGGUCCCAGUAUGGGACAUGCCAGAGCACCUGGACUACCAUUUUGCACUGGAGUUGCAGAAGUCUUUUUUGCAGCCUUGUACUUCAAAACCCCAGGCUGUCCCCGUGUCUCCUCAGGGCAAAAGAAAUCCCAAGAGUCCUUUGGCUUCCAGUAAUAAACGCCUUAGGCCCCACGGCAUGCAGACACUGGAAUCAUUUUUUAAGCCAUUGACACAUUAGUGCUGCCCUCGGGCUUGCAGGAGAACUUUACUGUUUUAUUUCUAAGAGAUGGAACCACGUUGGUUACUCAAGGGAACUAUGAAAUUUUAAUACAUUAUUUUUUUCUUUUUUCCAAUGGGAUUCUGAUCCUGUUGCUGAUCAAAACGUUUUUAAUCUUUAGGGAGAUACAGUGUCAUAAAAGGUAUAAGGGACCAUGGCAAACUCCCUCAGCUUCGAGCUAUCGCACUUUCCUCCCUAUAAUAUUGACUAAGGACUAAACAUCAUAUAUUUAGGGGUGUAACGCAAAAGAUUGAAACAGAAAAGGGGAAAAAUGGGGCUGGACAUAUGGCUCACUUGUUUAGGACAGCAUGUGCGGGGCCCCAUGUUCACUUCCCAGUUUAAAGUAAGGACUAUCAAGAUGGGCAAGUACUAAUGGCUGAAGCAACGGAUUCAGCAGUCUUCCUCAGCCAUGCAGGCCUUGGGAUUAAAUCUCUUAGGCCUCUCUGAUAAAUUACAUGACUGAAUUAUGUAUGAAUCAGGUAGUAGGUUUAAUGGGUAGGAAAGUAGCACACACAUCUCCCCUACAUAAAUACAAAUCAACUUACUCAGUAAUUGGGUCUCUAAGAUGAGAUUCAGUGGUUAGGAGGAACCAUCCUUGCCUUGGAUCUUAGUGUGUAGCUUCUUCCUAGAUUUAUAGUUUCUUAACGGCAAGAACUCCUGCAGUGCAUUACAUGGAAUAUGUUCUUGAUGUUGUUUGAAUGUGUGUAAUAAAAAACUAUAGAUCUACCUGCCCAUAGAGACAACAAGAAUGUACUCUGAGGGCCUGACUUGAAUAUUUUACUCCCCUAGAUGUUCUAUUAAUGUAAAGUGCUUACCAGUGUUUUUUCUGACAUUUUGGGAUGGGUAGGCUAGACUGCUGUCACAUCUAUGAUCCUCCUGUGUGCUGGGAUGGUAGGUGCAUGCCACCACCGCAUGCCACUGUCACAGUCUAGGAGUUGAAAAGUAGUGUUAUCAGGUGUUUGGUACAUGUUUGUAAUCCCAACAGUUUAAAGGGUCGAGAAAGGGAAGUCAUUCCGGAGUUAAAAUCAUCCUUGGUGAGACAGCCUGGCCUGCAUGAGGGACACGAUUAGUGGUACAGUACUUGCCUAGCAUGACUUUGAAAAAGAGAAAAGUAACAAGCCAGAUGUGACCAUGGUACUCCUAGAAUUCUGGAGAUGGAGGCAGGCAGAUCUGGAAUUAAAUUCCAGGCCACCUUGGGCAAGACAAUGAGACCUUGUCUCCAAAGAGAAGCACUGUAGCAGAAACUCAGGUGUCUUAUACACAGAUCCUUAGAGAUAGGUUGGAGAGUCAGGCAGGGGUGGCUAGUGACCAGGGCGGGCACAGGCAGCAGUGUACCUUGUUUAUGGGCAGAGCUGCCCCUAUUGCACAGCCUACGGGGCAGUGCUGUAAACAGUGCUGGGAAAGGUGACCUUGCCUUCCUCAAUGCUCAAUGCCCCUAAUAAAAGCUUUACCCACAGGCUUUUUAAUAAUUAAACCAAUGGUAUUUUUUGUUUCGCAGGGAUGGGGUUUCUCUGUGUCCUGGCUGUCCUAGAACUUGCUUUGUAGACCAGACUGGCCUUGAGUUCACAGAGUUCUGCUUCAAAUGACAGAAUUAAAAGUGCACCUUUAAUAAAGACUGUUUUUUAAAAA